GUGCGGUGUCGGGGACGAGCCUUGUGGACGCGCCCUGUGAGAGGGAGCAUGUCCGCGGCCAGAGCCAAGAAAGUGAAGAUGGCCACCAAGUCCUGCCCGCGGUGCGACCAACAGGUUCCUGUCGCCUGCAAGUCCUGCCCUUGUGGAUAUAUCUUCAUCAGCAGAAAACUCCUACAUGGCAGACAGAUGGAGCGAGUGCCCCCCACCUCAGAAAACCGCUCUGAUCCCAAGAGACGGCGAACAGAGAGAAUCAGGAGAGAAAGGACAAACUCCACGGCCAGUCGAGACUCUGAGAACAGGAGAAGGUCGCGAUCCAACAGCCAGUCGGACCAGAUACGGCGCGGCAGGGGCCGGCCAAAGACGGCGGCCACCAAGAAACAGGAGGAAGAGAAAGCAGGGAGGAGCGGCAAGGACUCCGGAGCCGAAGGGACAGCGGCAAGAUACGCCGAAGAUGUGAGAGCGCAGCGUGGAGACCGGGGAAGCCGGAGGCAGCAGUGGAUGGGAGAAGAGAAACAGGAGAAGGAGGUCGACAUGUACGCCAACCUCUCGGAUGAAAAGGCUUUUGUGUUUUCUGUGGCGCUGGCAGAGAUUAACAGAAAAAUUAUCAAUCAGAGGCUCAUCCUAUGACCGUGGGGGAGGACCGCCGACCACCGCUAAUGAAUCCACGUAACUGUCUAUACCAAAAUCCAGACCUCUGCGUCUCUAGGAAACGAUACGAGGACGACCCUGCACUAAAGACUUUAAUGUCCUGGUUUUUUUUUGUUUGUUUUUUUGUAAAGCAAUAUUCUAAUAUUUUACACGUCGGUUUUAUUGUUUCCGUUUCUUUACAACAUGGUGAUUUUAUUCUGUUUUAAGAGGCGGAAUCAUCCUGGCCAGCAGCCAGACUCAAUAUAUUUAAAUGCUUGAUAUAAAUAAAGAAUAUAUAUAUAUUGCAAUUUUAUAAAUUAAAAAAAAUAUUGACAAAUGUACAGUUUAUAUACCCUUUUUAUAUAUUAAACAAGUGUUAU